GGGUCCCUGUGUUGCAGGACUUACCUCCAGUCUAACGAAGAUGGAAGCUUGUCGACCGUGUUUAUCGUGUUACGUUUUUGCGCUUCUUGUAAUCUUUUCAUCGCUUGCGAGCUCUCAAAAGAAGCCUAACAUCUUGAUCUUCAUUGUUGAUGACUUGGGAUACGCAGAUUUAGGAUGUUUCGGCAAUGAUUCUCUCGCAACGCCUCACAUCGAUAAGAUUGCCACCGAGGGAGCCAAACUAACUCACAACCUAGCUGGCGAGUCGAUCUGCACACCAAGUCGGGCUGCUUUGCUUACUGGGAGAUAUCCGGUGCGGACUGGUUUGGUUCCUAGUAGAGGGGGCUUGAGCGAGUAUAUACGCGUGAUCAUUUUUACCGCAAACUCUGGUGGAUUGCCUAGAAAUGAAACUACCUUCGCAAAAGCGCUGUUGGAAACUGGAUACUCCACUGGCUUGGUAGGGAAAUGGCAUCUUGGUCUAAGCCGUGAUACAGUAGAUGACUUUCACUACCACCCUCUCAACCAUGGAUUUCAGUAUUUCUAUGGUCUACCACUCACCAACCUGCGCAACUGUGAUUCUGGUGGAGCAGUGCUUGAUCACAUAUUCCCCAACUGGAGAAUGCAAAUGGCAGUGUUUAUGAUUAUUGUUGCACUUACAGGAUUUACCAGUUACUUCUUAAACAAGAUUUCAACCUUGUCUUUCAUGGUUCUUCUAAUCGCCCCUCUUAUUCUUGUAUAUCCAGUGUUUCUAGUUGACAUUGUCUAUCAGAAUUUCAACUGCAUUCUCAUGCGAAACUUUGACCUAGUUGAGCAGCCUGUCAUUCUUGAUAACUUAACAGCUAGAUUUACUGAUGAAAGUAUCCGCUUUAUGGUUACCCAUAAAGACGAUCCCUUUUUAUUAGUGGUUUCAUAUGCAAAAGUUCACACCGCAUUGUUUACCACUGAUUAUUUUAAGGGCCACAGUGGCCAUAGCCCUUAUGGUGACAAUGUUGAAGAAAUGGACUGGAGUGUUGGACAGAUUAUGGAUGCUUUGGAAGAGCUUGGGGUAAAAAAUAACACCUUUGUGUACUUCACUUCUGAUAAUGGACCUCACCUGGAAGAGGUGGCUAGGAAUUCGGAAUAUGAAGGUGGCUGGAAAGGCAUCUACAAAGGAGGCAAAGGGCAGAGCUGGGAAGGUGGCAUUAGAGUACCGACUCUAGUGUCAUGGCCAUCCCAUAUACAACCAGGUAUAGAGAUUGACGAGCCAACAAAUGGAAUUGACCUAUUUCCAACAGUGCUUGAUAUAGCAGGAGCAAGCAUGCCUAAUGAUCGAAUCAUUGAUGGAAGAAACCUCAUUCCACUUCUAACACAACAGAAUAAAUACUCCCCUCAUAAAUUCAUGUACCACUAUUGUGCCAAGGCAGUUCAUGCUGUUCGGUAUCGCCCGAGGAGUGGACACACAACCUGGAAAGCACACUUCAUGACACCCAAGUAUACACCUGGAACAGAAGCAUGUUUUGGUUAUGCCGUGUGUGGCUGCUACGAAAGUCAGACUAUUACACACAACCCUCCUCUUCUAUUCGAGAUAACUGCUGACCCAUCAGAAAGCACUCCUAUCAGCCCAGAUGAUGAGAGAUACCAACCAGUGGUUGACAAUAUCCUUGAAGACUUGAGGAGACAUAAGAGUAAUGUUGAUAGUGUACCAAGUCAGAUAGAUUACUUUUGGUGGUAUCCUAGGCUACAAAUCUGUUGUAAUUUCCCAUAUUGCAGUUGUAGGGAAAAUAUCACAGAACUAGCGCAUUACCCUGGAAAAACACAUCAAGAGAAUUAGAACCAUAUAGUAUUCAUAAGACAAGAAUUAUUAAAAUUUCACUUAAUGUUGAUAAAACACAUAAAUCAAUAUAAAUACAUCAUCCAUUAUCAUCGGACAUUCUCACACAAUAUAUUACAAAAUAAGAAUUUAUCCCUAUUUCUAUUUUAUUUAAAUUGAAAGUGAAUCCAUUUGAUCAACCACAUAAAAAAACAUAAGACAUCCAGCAACUGUAGCGAGAAACAAAUGACAAAAAAAUGUUUUUUUCUAAAUUUUUAUUGUUCCUGAAUUUUGCUGUGAGUAAAGGAAUAAACCUAACUGAUUUGUG